GCCUGGGGAGUGGCGGAGGCCCCGCGUCUCUACCCUUAUCUCACCACCUGACAGCAGAACCAGGCGUCCUUUGGGGGACCCCACAGGGGGGCGGAGCCUCCUGAGGCCCACUGCGCCGCUCCGCGGGGUCGAGGGGUGCUAGCACCUAGGGGAAGGAUUCCUCGGAUAGGACUCAGGUUUGCAACCAAGGAAGAGAAUGAUUCUCUCCAGGUGGAACCCAGGGCCGCUCCUCCAGCGAGAGCAGCAGCCCCGAAGAGGAAGCCGGUCAGGGCCAACUCUGGGCUGGGAAAAGGAUCUGACCUUGUGGACCUCACAGGCUGACAGGGGAGCUGCCCCUCAGAGCAGUAUGGAUGCCCCCCGAAGGGACAUGGAGUUGCUCAGCAACAGCCUGGCGGCCUACGCACACAUCCGCGCUAACCCUGAGAGCCUUGGCCUGUACUUCGUGCUGGGCGUCUGCUUUGGCCUGCUGCUGACCCUGUGCCUACUGGUCAUCAGCAUCUCGUGCGCGCCCCACCCGCGGCCCCGGGGCCCCGCUCUGCGCCAGGGUCCCCGCAGCAGCACCCUGGAGCCCGAGGACGACGAGGAGGAUGAAGAGGACACGGUGACGAGGCUGGGCCCCGACGACACGCUGCCUGGCCCUGAGCUGUCACCGGAGCCGGAUGGGCCUCUCAACGUCAACGUCUUCACGUCUGCCGAGGAGCUGGAGCGGGCACAGAGGCUGGAGGAGCGAGAGCGGAUUCUGCGGGAGAUCUGGCGUACCGGGCAGCCGGACCUGCUAGGUACCGGCACGCUGGGGCCCAGCCCCACGGCCACUGGUACUCUGGGCCGCAUGCACUAUUACUGACCAAGCCUGGCUCCGCUUCCGCUGCACGGCGCUCUGAGCACUGGACAUACAGAUGAGCCCAGAGCUGUCCCAGGACCUUGGGACUGCCCAUGCCCCCAUGGCUUCCCUGGUGCAAGCGGGCAUGGACUGCCAUCCUCAGAGGGGAGCAGGAUUGGGGGUCCCCGCGGGCCAAGCAGGAUGGGAGAGGGAGGUGUCUCCCCUGCCCUGGAGCCUGCCUGGGGAUGAUGAAGAGGUGAAGUGACCAAUGAAAGCUGCGUUGUCUGUG